UGUUGACAUCGAUUGCUUUCACGUCGCGUGUUAACUCGUUUAUCUGACUUUUAAAGGAAAUCGGUGAACGCGAAGCGAGAAAAUGCAUCUGGAAUUUGUGAUUCCGCUGAAUAAAGAAGAUCUACAAUCACGUACAAGUACAAGUCAGUAUGUUGUGGAUGAACUUGUUUCCCCGCGGCAGCUAAAGGAUCAGUUGUAUGAUUGCAAGGCAGUGCUCAGAAAUCAAGGUGGUGUUGGUAUAAUAGAGAAGUUUGAUCUACUUUAUAGUAUUCUCAUUAAUUUCAACACGCUGAAUGAUGAUAUGAAAGAAGAUACCUGGGAACUAUUGCUAAAGUUUCAUAAGAACCAUUGUACUGUAUUAGAAGCUACACUGGAUACUGCAUUAGAUACUGCGACGAAACAUAAACACCGCACUGCUGUCAAGAUGAACACGUACUUGCUGUGUCAGUUUAUGGAAGCUUUUGAAGCCGAAGCCACCAAACCGUCUGUAACUUUGGCACCUUCUGGCAAGGGCCGCAAGAAGGUAUCAAGGAGAAAAUUAAGUGGUAUAGAUUGGGAUGUAGAACGAGGGCAUUAUGUAGACGCCAUGUCUCAUAUAUUACAGCUCCAAAUCUGUCGGUUAUGGGAGCCACCAGUGGUGGAAGAAGACUACGUCAAAGAGAUUGGACGUAUGGAUGCCAAAGAUCUAGCCCGUGAUAACACUGGAACCAAAGCAUACACCCUGUUCUUAGUAGAUGUAGCAGCCAGAGUACCAAUGACAAUACUACCAAAUAUCAGUGUUAUACUGUGUCAUUUGGAUGAAGAGUCAUACAUGAUGCGUAUGGGAGUCUUAGGACUUAUUGCUGAGAUCCUGAUACAUGGAUUGAGUAAAGAACAACUGGAUGUUAAAGAAAAGAAAGCAAGAGAUCAAUUCAUGGAUAUCCUUGAGGACCACAUCCAUGAUGUGAAUGCCUUUGUACGUAGCCGAGUUCUCCAAAUAUGGUUACGUAUUUGUAACGCACGCGCCAUUCCACUCUCUCGUCAUAAAGACGUCAUGAACCUGACUAUCGGUAGACUAGAGGAUAAAUCCAGUCUGGUUAGAAAACAAGCCAUUCAACUUAUCAGUGUAUUCUUGUCAUCAAAUCCGUUUGCUGCUAAGCUUCCUGUUCAAGACUUGAGAACUAAACUAGAAGAAGAGAAGAAUAAGUUGAAAGAAAUGAUUGAUGCUCAACCUGAAAAUGCAAUUAAUUUAAUUGGAUCCAAAGUAGACACCUGGAAUAAAAUUGAGAAAGAUGUAACUGUUGCAGUGCAGGAAGUAUGUAAAUCUGAAACUGAGAAACAAGAAUUCAGUGGAGAUGUUGAUGUUGAUAGUGUAUUGGAUGAUAUUUAUAAGCUGCUUGAACAGGAGCAUUUCAACCAAGCCACAUUACUGCUGUUGUCCGCCAUGGAAGAGUUUCCUGGAAAUGAGUUAUUCCGAACCACACCACUGGGAAGUCAAGAUGACAGUUUUCUGCAGACGCAAGAAUCAACAGAAGAAAAUUCAGAGUCUCUGGAACCAAGUUCUGAACUGAAUAAAGAAGAGAUCCGUGUGUUGAACACAUUAAAGGCUGUGUUUCUUAGUUGGCAUGACGACGAUGAAGGUCCCAUCCCUGCACCAAUAGAGCUAUCACCAAGUACUAUGAAAUCAACUAACCAAGAAGAUGACAUUGUUAAUGAUGUUUCAAAACAACAAAUCUUAGUCCAAUAUCUCAAGGAUUGUGUCUCCUUUGCAAGUCAAAUACAGACAGCAGUACCAUUGAUUUGUAAAUUAUUGAGUUCUAAAACUCCGUCUGAUGUUAUGGAAGCCAUUGAUUUUUUUGUCACUGCUUUUGAAUUUGGUGUGAGUAAUUCCCUGGAAGGAGUAAGGCAGAUGUUAGCGUUAAUCUGGUCUAAGGAACCCAGUGUAAAGGAAGCUAUUGUUGCAGCUUACAAGAGACUCUACUUGAAUACUACUGCUAACAAUAAUAGAGCUCAAUCAGUGGCUGUUGUUAAAAACCUGACUGCACUGAUUCACGGAGCCACAGUUGGAGAGUUGAAAUCACUGGAAGCUUUGGUAAUGGAGUUUGUAGAGAAUCAGGAAAUCAACAACAAUGUAAUACAAGUAUUAUGGGAAAGAUUUACUCUAAAGAUUCCUGGUACCUCAACAGAUGAGAGUAAAGCUGCAUUGCUUUUGUUAGCAAUGGCUGCCAAAAGCGAUGUUAACGUAGUACGUAGUAACAUUGAUGUUCUUGUUAGCACUGGUUUAUCAGAGAGAGCCCAUGAUGACUUUAUGCUUGCCAGAGAUUCAUGUAUUGCCUUGCUUAAACUCAUACAGAAAAAAAAGGUCAAAGGUGGAGAAGCGGAAGAACCAUUUCGUUUCCCAAAAGAUCAUGAGAUGUUUGAUAAAUUAACAGAAUUAAUUGUCAAGGGUAUUAGUAAAUUAGAUGAUCCAUUCUGGGUGCCCAUGACAGAACAAGCCAUCAAUGUUAUUUAUAGACUUGGUGAGCAGCCUGACAUUCGAUGUGCAAGUAUAAUAAAACAGCUUAUAGAAGUUGUUCUUGGAGACAGUGAACAAGAUGAUCUCAAGAAUGUGGAACCGAAAUGUCAUCCUCGCGUAUUAGCACGAUUCCUGGCCUUUGCUGGACACGUGGCUUUCCAACAACUCUACUACUUGGAUGUGAGCAUGCUUGGAGAACUGAAGCGACGCCGUAAUAUCCAAGACAAUAGAAGAGAGGCUGAGAAAAACAAGGCAGCCAAAAAUAAGCGUAAAUCCAAGGAUGGCAAUGAACCAAGCAUGGAGGAGGAUAUGGGUCUGACUGGGGCUGUAGCUGAUGAUGCUGAAGCCGAAUAUAUGAAAAAAGUCCUUGAUACUGAAAUAGUGACUGGUAAUAGUUUACUAGCAAUGCUGUCACCACUAAUCACUGCUGUGUGUAGCAACCAUACUAAGUAUUCAGACUCUGUAUUGAAAACUGCUGCUGCCAUGGCAUUAGCAAAAUUUAUGUUGGUUAGCUCGGAAUUCUGUGAAGCUCAUCUACAAUUGUUAUUUACUGUCUUGGAGAAGUCAAGUGAAGCUACAAUUCGUGCCAACACUAUCAUUGCAUUGGGUGACUUGACGUUUAGAUUUCCUAACCUCAUUGAGCCAUGGACACCAAAUCUCUAUGCAAGACUACGUGAUGAUUCACCAAUGGUUCGCAAAAACACGCUUACUAUCCUGACUCACCUGAUAUUGAAUGACAUGGUUAAGGUCAAAGGUCAAAUAAGUGAAAUGGCUAUUUGCAUUGUAGACGAAGACGAUAGGAUUUCUAAUAUGUCAAAAAUGUUCUUCCAUGAACUUGCUAAGAAGGGUAACGCUGUAUAUAAUAUCAUGCCAGACGUAAUAAGCCGGUUAUCUGAUCCUGAGGUGGGUGUCAAAGAAGAAAACUUCAAGAUAAUAAUGAGAUACUUGUUUUCCUUCAUUCAGAAAGACAAACAAUGUGAGAGUCUAGUUGAAAAAUUAUGCCAUAGAUUCAGAACAACAAGAACUGAUCGUCAAGUACGAGACCUGGCAUUUUGUUUAGCCAUGUUAAACUACAGUGAGAAGGGCAUACGAAAGUUACAAGAAAACUUUGUAUGUUUCGGUGAUAAACUGGCUGAUGAAGAGGUUUAUAACUGUUUCCAAAAUGUCAUUACAAAAUCUAAGAAGUUUGCUAAACCUGAAGUAAAGGUCAUAGUGGAUGAACUUGAAGCUAAAUUAUUGGAAUGCCACACCAAAGGAAUGAGUGAUGACCAGACAACACAAAAAGCACUUCAAGUUAGAAAUAAAAAAACUCCAGGCAAAAGUCUAAAAGGAAAAACUCCAGCUAGACGACGAGUGCGAUCAGGGAAAGAUGUUGACAGUGAUGACGAGUACAACCCGGGUACGAAAGGAAUGAGAAGAAGUACUCGAAAACCAUCUGGAGAUAAAACAAAGAAAAAAAUAUUGUCAUUUUCAGAUGAAGAUGAUAGCGAUCUUGAUUUAUUCGAUGUACAGGAAGUGGAGGAGGAGGGAAAAAAGUCAAAUGAAAUAGAUAAAAAAUUAAAAGCUCUGAAUGAUAGUUUGAACAGUGCUGAAGAAAAUAACGAUCCUAACCUGGAACCUUCACCGUCAUCAAGGCGUACAAGCAAGAGGAGGUUGUUACCGACAGGGAGAUCACGUACAAGAUCGGGUGUCAACAGCUAGUUGUUACUUUAAUACACAGUAAAUUUCAAUAUGCCACUAUAUCACAAGCUUAAAGGUUCAUGUAUGCUGGCUGCAAUGCAAUCCUAACUGUAUUGUGUGCUCUCCAUUGAAAUCCUAAAUGUAUAUGUCUUCAAUUUUUAAUCUUGAAAAAGACAAUAUCACAAAUAAACCCAAAAUUCAAAUUGUUAUUCUGAAUCAUAAAACAUACCUUACUUUGAUUCUUAUACAUAUUUAUGUAAGUGUAUGCACUACUAACAGAGCAAAUACGAUAAUAUAACAAAAAACAAUUACAAAACAAUGAAUGUUGUAAAAAUCCAGAUAUGCCAGCACUGGCAUUCAGUGUGUUCAAUUCAUUAAUCAAAUUUUACUAAAUAAUAUAAUCAACUUUGUACUUGUGUUACUUUCAUUGUGUGGAAUAUUGUGUUUUUUUAAAUGAAAUUUGGUAUUGUGUUUUUUACUCUAUUGCCUAUCUGCCAUUAAAGUAUCACUGUGAGCUCUCACAUGUAGCUUUAUUGGGAUUAUUAUUUGAAUAGUUGAUAAUCUGAUGUUGUGGGAUUCUGUCUUGUUUGCAAUUACUGUGGGCAGCAGUAAUUAGAAACAAAUUUGUUGUAAAUUCAUGAGUUUUGCAAGAAAAAGUGUCAGCAAAAUAAAUUUAAAACAAAGAACCAAAUUAGAAACCAAAACAAUCCCUGACAUUCAGUUUUACGAUUUUGUCAAAUUCAGAUCAUCAAAUAUACCUAACUCCCAAUAAAGCUUGGUGAUUGCUCCCAGAGUGCAACUUUAGACACAAGGCUAUUUUUGACACGAACCAUAUUAAUAAUUUAAACAGUUUAGAUUGCAAUCCAUAGGUUUUAAAUCAAUCAUGUUUUUUUGAGAUUUUGAUAAAACUGCCAUUGUUAUUUUAAACUCACUGUAUAUAUAAAAUGGAUGACCAUAGUUGGUCACACAAAUGAAAACUAUCAAAUAUUUCUCACGAGCACUGUAAACUAUUGAAUUUCAGACUCCAGUGAUUUUACGUUUUUGAAUAUCUUCACUGGACAAAAUUUGUGAAAGUUACUGUGAUUUCAUUGUUCAAACGGCUGUGCUGCCAUAUUCACCAGAUUUGUGGGGACAUUACACAUUUCAUAAUACUGCCAAUACUGUGACAGAAUUUUUCUUGGGGGAGGGGGGGCACCUUUCCUGUAAGUUGUGCUUUCCAACUUAAACAAACAAAUGUGACAGAUUUUAUUGUUUGUAUGACUGUAGUUAGUAACUAAAUCUUCAUUACAGACAGCUACAGACACUGAUGCUGCGAAUGACCCUCUUGCCCAUCUACAUUACCGAAUUGCUAGAUUUACAGUAAAGUUGUACACAUUAUCGUCAUGGAAUUCUGAGGAUAUAUAAUUUAGAUACUAUGGGGGCAGCAUAUUAGUUUUUAAUAAUGUGAAUUAGAAUAUUACCAACUUACUCAAUAAACUCAGUAAAUAUUGAAAA